AUGGACACGCCUCUGCCAUCAGCAGAACAUUUCGGGGGCGGCUCUGGUGGCAGCCAGCUGGGUGCCCUCGUGUCCCGACGGCAUCCCGAGCUCCUCCGCUGCGACUGUGUGGAGGUGACCUGGCGUGGGAGGACGAGGAGGAGAGACCUCCUGCUCUUCCAAGACGCCCUUGCUUUUGCCAAGCGCAGAUGUGGCACCAGGUUCUGGCUGCAGCACAGGGUGCGUCUGAGCGAGCUGUGGGUGCUGUGCCAGGAGGAGGUGGCAUGCGGGUGUGCACAAGAAGACACAGCGUUGGGCCUGGACUGCAGCUGUACCCUCAUCCUCGUCUGGCCCACCAGCCUCUGCGGGGUCACUUUCGGCUCGCAAGAGGUGAAAGAACUCUGGCUGGACGCCAUCCUCAGAUCUCCGGUGACGAUGACUGCCCAGAUCAUCGAGACUCUGGUUCAGUGCCAGGCAAAAGCUCAAAGGCACCGAGAAGAAGACUGCAGUAGAGCCCUGGACAAGCAGCAAGGGAGCCCAAGCAGCAAGAGAACCCAGAAGCAGCUGGAGCCCAAAGCGCCUGAGCCUGAGGACAGCAGAGAGCACGCUGAUGUGCAGACAGAGCUGUGUUCAGAUGAGCCUGGGGACCACGGAAUAGAGGCAGACGUGGUAGGUCAGGCAGACGUGCCCCUUGAGCGACCACCCUCAUUGCUCUGCAGCCUGGCAGAGGGCCGAGGAGCCAUGGCCAGGACAGCCGACAAAGGAGAGGAACCUCGCGAACGCCAGCAGACAGAACCGCUGCAGGCACGGGAGGAGACCUGUGAGAAGUCGGCAGCUCAGGCGUUUGCUCAGCAGGUCUUUGCUGAGCCUGACCUGGUCUUGAACAACCUUUGUGAGAGCAACCGUUCUAAUGACCCCAUUGAGAGAGGGAGUGAAGCCAAUUUCAUCUCUCCAAGCAGCACAGGCACUAUUUCAGCGCAUGAAGUCCCCAUGUCUGCUGCUGGAAGCAAAAGAUCUUUCUCUCUCGAGCGAUCAGGGACAUACAUUUCUUGUGGUGACAACCGCAGCAUUGAGCCACAAAACCGAGAGAAGUACUUGAGUCAUCUGCAGCAGAAAGAAGUUACAGUACAGCAUUUGAAAACAAAGCUGAAGGAGUCUGAGAGCAAACUUCAGGAAAGGGAAACAGAAAUAGAAGAGCUCAAGGCUCAGCUGGCACGGAUGAAGGGAGACUGGGUUGAGGAAGAGUGUAAGCAUAUGGAGCUGGAGCUGCACUUCUGGGAAUCGAGAAGGGAAAGUCACGAACUCCAGCAGGCUGUUGAAAGCAUGAGAAACAGCUUGGCUGAGAAAGGCAAAAUAAUUCAGAAAUACUUCAUAGCCAUAAGCAUUGCAAACAAGAAACUGGAAGCUUUGCUGCAGGGCCUGGGGAUGGCUCAGAAGAGCUCUGUGAGAGAUGAGCAGUGCCUGGAGUCCACGUAGGACUCAGAGGGGAAGCCGUUAGCGUUGUGUGCCACGAUGCCAGGCAGCCUCACCACGGAGGACCAAGCUCUGGAGGAGGUGGCAGACAGUGGGCUGCUUCUUAAUGAGGACACCGCUAACGGGACUGACUCAUUUGAAGAGCAUUUGACCGCCACAACUUCUGGGUCGAGCGAUCCAGCUCCCUCCAGUUCUGCUGUGUAUCAAGAGAUGCUUGAAAAUGUGCUGGAUGAAAAAUCAACUUCUUCUCAGGAGGAGGAGAAAAUCAGCAAGGUGAUGGUGGAACAGGCCAUCCCAACUGACCUGGUGCCAUGGAGCCUAGAUGCGGAGUAGCUCAUUCAGAACAUCUUCAGAGCUCGAGAUGCCUGCCCUCUAAUCCCACCUGCUUCACUGAAGGAAUUGGGUGAAAUUUCUCUUGGAAGCAUCCGUGAUUCUGCUACCCUAGUGGACUUAACUCCAAGUGAUCCAAACUCUGCCGUCCUCUUGUCUCCUAUGGAGUCUCCAUGCAGGAAGGUGGAGCAUAAAGUUAAUAAAAACCGUUAUGUGAAAGAACUUGAUUUUGCAGAACCUCAUCAUGCUGAAGCCUUUGGCUAUGUCAAUACCCUCUCUCAGACAGCUUGA